CUGUGAGAGGAGGAGAAGAGAUGAAAGGAUCAGAUUUGACACAUCAAAGAGAAAGACCAGACUCAGAGGAACCAGAGCCAGGGACGUCCAAACUAGCAAGACGACACCACUGCUCCCACUGUGGAAAAAAUUGUAACCGGUUAUGGGACCUGAAACAACAUGAGAAAAUGCACACAGGGGAGAAGCCUUACCACUGUUCCCAAUGUGGAAAGUGUUUCGUCUGUUCGGGGGAGCUGAAACAACAUGAGAGAAUACACACAGGAGAGAAGCCUUACCACUGCUCCCAAUGUGGAAAGAGUUUCAACCAGAAAGCAAACCUGAAAGCUCAUGAGAGAAUACACACAGGAGAGAAGCCUUACCACUGCUCCCAAUGUGGAAAGUGUUUCAACCAGAAAGCAAACCUGAAAGCUCACGAGAGAAUACACACAGGAGAGAAGCCUUACCACUGCUCCCAAUGUGGAAAGUGUUUCAACCAGUCGAGGGAGCUGAAACAACAUGAGAGAAUACACACAGGGGAGGAGCCUUACCACUGCUCCCAGUGUGGAAAGAGUUUCAACCAGUCGAGGGAGCUGAAACAACAUGAGAGAAUACACACAGGAGAGAAGCCUUACCACUGCUCCCAAUGUGGAAUGUGUUUCAACCAUAAAGCAAACCUGAAAGCUCACGAGAGAAUACACACAGGAGAGAAGCCUUACCACUGCUCCCAAUGUGGAAGGUGUUUCAACCAGUCGUGGGCGCUGAAACAACACGAGAGAAUACACACAGGAGAGAAGCCUUACCACUGCUCCCAAUGUGGAAGGUGUUUCAACCAGAAAGCAAACCUGAAAGCUCACGAGAGAAUGCACACAGGAGAGAAGCCUUACCACUGCUCCCAAUGUGGAAGGUGUUUCAACCAGUUGUGGGCGCUGAAACAACACGAGAGAAUACACACGGGAGAGAAGCCUUACCACUGCUCCCAAUGUGGAAAGUGUUUCAUCCAUUCAGGGGAUCUGAAACGACAUGAGAGAAUACACACACGAGAGAAGCCUUACCACUGCUCCCAAUGUGGAAUGUGUUUCAACCAGAGAGUAAACCUGGAAGCUCAUGAGAGAAUACACACAGGAGAGAAGCCUUACCACUGCUCCCAGUGUGGAAAGAGUUUCAACCGGAAAGCAAACCUGAAAGCUCAUGAGAGAAGACACACAGGAGAGAAGCCUUACCACUGCUCCCAAUGUGGAAAGUGUUUCAACCGGUCGGAGGAGCUGAAACGACAUAAGAGAAUACACACAGGAGAGAAGCAUUACCACUGCUCCCAAUGUGGAAAGUGUUUCAACCAGUCGGGGGAGCUGAAACAACAUGAGAGAAUACACACAGGAGAGAAGCCUUACCACUGCUCCCAAUGUGGAAAGUGUUUCAACCGGUCGGGGGAGCUGAAACAACAUGAGAGAAUACACACGGGAGAGAAGCCUUACCACUGCUCCCAAUGUGGAAAGUGUUUCAUCCAUUCAGGGGAUCUGAAACGACAUGAGAGAAUACACACAGGAGAGAAGCCUUACCACUGCUCCCAAUGUGGAAAGUGUUUCAACCAGAGAGGAAACCUGAAAAAGCAUGAGAAUACACACAGGGCAGAAGCCUUACCACUCCGCCCAGGUUGCAAAGCUUUUGCCCAUUUAGGAAGCCUGAAAGAACACAUUAGACUGCACACAGAGGAGAAGGCUUAGAAAAGCUCAGACUGUGGGAAAACAUAUUACUCAUAAGUCACUUAAACGUCAUUAGAGAAUAGAGAAAUUACUUCUCUUAGCGUGUAUAUUGAUAUUUCACAUCACAUUGACUUCAAAUUCAUCAGAGAACAUACACAGUGCUCCCGUUGUCUUAUAUUGUUGACUGACAAUGUGUUUACCUGUCUUUACCAGAUGAAAUUAAAUGGUACAGGGU